AUGGGCAAAGUCGAGCAGUCAAAAGUCUCACACCGAGAGGCCGUCAGCGGCGAGGGCAGUUCGUCCCUCGACUCUCCAGGAACGUCGGUGGAAGAUCACCGACGGACCCUCGGUCCAUCAACCCGGACACUGUCACGAAUCUCGACAACCUCGACGAUCGAAUAUAAAGUAUAUAAACGACGUUUCUUCGGCCUGGCCCAGUUAGUACUCCUCAACAUCGUGGUCUCUUGGGGUUGGAUUGCCUUUGCACCCGUGUCGAAAACGUCGGCCCAGUACUUCCACACCUCCGAGACAAACAUCAACUGGGUUUCGACUGUGUUCCUCUUUGCCUACUGCGUCACCACGCCGCCUACCUUCUAUGUCCUGCACCGGUAUGGCACGAAGACGGCCAUCAUCAUAGCCGCAUCCCUGGUGCUUGUCGGCAACUGGGUGAAAUACGGCGCGACACGUGCCAACAGCUUCGGGGGAGUCAUAUUCGGGCAGUUGAUCAUCGGCUUCGCGCAGCCUUUCGUCCUGUCUUCCCCCACGACCUAUUCCAACCUCUGGUUCAGCCCCAGCGGCCGCACCACCGCCACGGCAUUAGCAUCGUUAUCGAACCCCUUCGGCGCCGCGCUGGGCCAGCUCAUCUCACCUUUCUGGGCAAAUGAACCGCACGAGAUCCCCAGCAUGGUCCUGUACAUCUCCAUCAUCUCCUCGAUCGCGAGCGUACCGGCUUUCUUCAUCCCUUCAAGACCACCCUCUCCACCAUCGGCGGGGUCGGCGGCGGACCACAUGGACCGCAGAUCUCUGCGUCAGGAUUUCCGCACGCUAUCCCGCUCCCCCGAGUUCUACUUCGUCUUUCUCCCCUUCAUCUUCUACGUGGGCUUCUUCAACGCCUUUUCGUCUUUGCUCAACCAGAUCUUUGAGCCGUAUGGCUUCAGCGAGACCAACGCCGGUAUUGCCGGCGCCAUUUUGAUCGUGGUGGGCCUCGUCGGUGCGGCCAUCUUGAGCCCCUUCAUCGACAAGUAUAAGUUUUACCUCGCGUACAUCAAGGUGGCCAUCCCGGUGCUGGCGAUCUGCUAUGUGAUCCUCAUCUGGGCGCCGCAGUCCCGCUCAUUGGCGUACGUCUUUGUCGUCUGUGCUCUUCUUGGGGCAGCCAGUUUCGGCCUCGUCCCCGUGGCGCUGGAGUUUCUCGUCGAGAUCCACUACCCCCUCGGCCCCGAGUUGGAGAGCAGUCUCUGCUGGUGCGGCGGACAGCUUUUGGGCGCCAUCUUCAUUGUCAUCAUGAACGCGCUGAAGGAUGGUCCGCAUGCCCAUCCGCCCCAUAACAUGAAACGAGCUCUGAUCUUCCAAGCUGUGUUGGGGGUCUUGGUGAUGCCGGCUCCGUUGUGUCUCGGGCUGUUCGGCCGCCAGGGCCGUGUGAGAAGGAAGCGGUGGGAAGCAGAUCGCAGCACGGCAGAGCAGGUGGUGGAGACCUAUGUUGACAGAGUGGAAGAUGACGAGCAAGCAUUGCGCGGUUCGGAGUCCCGAUCUGCGUGA